AUGUUUGUCAAGUCUGGUUCCCUGACUACUGACGAUGAAUAUCAUCCACAAACUUUGCACACUGAAAUCGAUAGCCAUGAUGAAAGCGAUGAAGGCAGUAUCCACUUUAAGAGCAGCCAUGGUGACGGUGACAAUGAACAAGAACAUGAAGCUGUCAAUGAUAAAGAAGUUGUAAACAAACACGGAUGGAAAAAAGCACGUGAAGGUCACAAAUACAGUGAUGGUAAAUUUUUUGCUUAUAAAAACGGUCAUGAUUCCGAAGUAACUAAUGGUUUGAAAACUAGUGGAACCAAUGUGAAUAUAAAGGCGCUGGCUAGUGAAACAACUGGUAGUGAUGAUAGUGGCCUUUCCGUAUCAUUCAAAAAAUCUUCUUACAAAUCCACUCACAAAUCAUUCUACUCACAUAAAUUAGUAUCACAUGAAGAAUUAUGCUCUGAUGACAAAUGGUAUAAUAAAUACGCAAAGGAUAAUGAGGAUGGUAAAGAUUUAAAUUUUAGAUAUCAUCACACUGAAGAUUGGUGGAACAAUUGGUGGAAAAUAGAUGGCUGA